CAUCUUAAUCUCAUCAAUCAUCAUACAUAUACUGGAAACAAGACCGAUAGCUUAAAUCACGUUCACGAUGCGCACUACGCACCCUUUCCAAUAAACAGUUAAAUUAACAGAUUCAUAUAAAUAAAUAAAAAUCACUCUCUAUCACCUUCACUCAUUCAUUUUCCCGAGAAAAUUCAUUUCUACUCAGAAAAUUCCAUUUUCCCGGGAAAUCUCCGAUGCAAAUCCUUUCCUCCUUCCGCCGAUGAUGACAAUCGUUGAUAUAUGCCGCCCUUCAACUCCCUUUCCGAAUCAACCGAUGGAUCUAUGCUUCCGUAUUUCUCCUUGCCUCGCUGAUCCUGGUGUUCUUUUCUUAUUCGAUGGAGAUUUAAUUGAGAAGACUAAGAAAGAACCGUGGUACACUGCUUUAUACUUGCUGCUGUUUGUUGUUACUUUAGUACAAUACUUUGCUACAUCUGUUUCUAAUCCAGGUUAUGUCCUUGAUGCGAUGAUGGAGAUUAAUAAGAAAAAUGUAGUACACACAAAGACACCAGAAACAUCAAAUCAACCAGCUUUAGGCAAAAAUGGGAGCUUUGUAAUUUCGAUGGAGGGAAAUCAGACUGGAAAAUGUGUUGCCGGGAGUAAUGCAACAUAUUGGUCAAAGUUGGUGGCAGAAUUGUAUCCUCCAGCAUCAACAAUCAGAACAUGGACGUGCACCUACUGCAAUGUGGAGCAGCCUCCACGGGCAAAGCAUUGUCAUGAUUGUGACAAAUGUGUUCUUCAGUUUGACCACCACUGUGUUUGGCUGGGAAACUGCAUUGGCCAGCGUAAUCAUUGUCAAUUUUGGUGGUACCUAUGUGAAGAGACGGCAGUGUGCAUCUGGACUGGCUUCAUGUAUAUUUCACACCUGAAGGCUCACAUUACAAGUGUUUGGUGGCAGGAUGCGAUCAUGAUACUACUGUUGAUCACUCUGUCCAUUUGCCUUAUAUUUCUGCUUCUCCUACUGAUAUUUCAUAGUUACCUAAUUCUGACAAAUCAGACUACCUAUGAACUUGUAAGGAGAAGACGGAUUCCUUAUCUAAGGGCGGUUCCAGAACGAGUACAUCCUUUCAGUAAAGGAGUUUGUAGAAAUAUAUACAACUUCUGCUGCUCAUUUGGUUUAGAACGAAUACCUACCCCACAAGAGAUAGAGGAAAAUUCAAGGCCAUACACAUGCUUGGAUGUUGCAACAUGUCGGUGUUGCUGAUGGUUUAUGUUUUGUAUAAGUAGAAGUCUUUUCCUCAAACAACAGCAUAUUUGUGAGUGCAUAGAGUAUGUCAAUGCAUCUGUUUGAUUAGAUAAUUAGAUGUUCAUUUUAGGCUAUUAACGAUGCGAUUUCUCUUCUAUCAUUCAUUCUUUGCUAAUUUUUGAAGGUGACUUUCAAGUUUAUUGUAUAGGUGCAGUGCUAGUAUGUUCUUUUUGCUUUAAAGUUAUUAUUUUUUAGACCAGGAUAUUUAGCUAAUAUCAAAUUGAUUGUUGUAAUGAAAUGCAAUGGACAAUAGAAUAUUUAAGGUGCAUAUUUGGGAGAAGUUGAAGUGGCAACCUUUGUGAUCAUCCAAAUGUUAAUAUGCCGAGUGGCAAAAGAAAGACUUAGCAUAUAUCAGAAUACCCUAUUUAUUA